AAAUAUUUUAAUUCAAAUAACUUUGACGCAUAUUUUGCCCUGGCAUUUGCAAAAGAGAAAUGGCAGAAAAGUUCCAAGCAAAGGCGCAUCACGCCUACAGCAAGGCCAAACCCGACGAGCUGGACCUCUCACCAGGCGACAUAAUCCACGUAACUAACGACGAGCACGCGUCCUGGUGGAUAGGACAAAACCAAAUGACAAAGGAGCAAGGAUGGUUCCCGUCCAACUUUGUCACCAGGCUGGCCAGGCCCGAGGGCACCAGCAAGCCCAAACUCAAGACCAAGCGCGUUGUGCGCAUAGUCAAGGCCUAUACGGCAAUGGACGAGGAUGAUUUGGAUUUGCAAGUCGGCGACCAGGUGGAGGUGCAGAAGGAGGUUGAUGGGUGGUUCCUGGGCACUUUGGACAGCAGGUCAGGGAUGUUCCCAGUCGGUCACGCCGAGGUGUCGGAGCGCCGCCCGUUGCCGCCGACACCCGUAAUGUGCGCCUCGAGAAGAGGCACUUUCAGCGGCGGCAGUGCUCCUGAGGUUGGCCUGCCGGUGCUGCCACAGGCGCCGCCAGCACUGCCUGCCCGUACCCCGUCGCUGCCGCCGCGCGCAUCCACAGAGACCUCGAGGCCUGUCGAGAGGAGAUUUAGUGUCUUGUCGGCUGCACCCGUAGCAGAGGCUGCGGACGAUGGAAAGAAGGAAAAGAAGUCCGGGCAUCGGAUCAGCCGCUUGUUUGGCGCGAAGAAGAGCAAGAGCAAGGAGAAGGAGGCUGCCUCCGACCUUGGUUCUGGAAUUGGUUCAGGGGAAGCCGCGAGCCGUCGCAGCUUUUCGAGUGCAACGGAUGAGCCGUAUCACUUUGACAAACAGCCCGUGUAUGACGAGCAGAGCGAAGAAGAAAUGAUUUCACCCGCACUCCCCAGCAGACCCUUGCCGCAACCAAUUGCCGCGAGCUCCUUGGGCUCUCCGUCACCGCCGGCUGCCCGCCCGCUGCCUUCCAUCCCGCAAGCAGGCCUAACCAAACUGCCAGCAUUGCCGUCUGUAGCCAUGCCGCCACCACCAGCCACAGCACCAGUUCCGGCCCCAGUGCUAGCGGCAGUGACACCCGAGCGCCGUGCAUCAAUUGCCAGCAUAAAGUCGCAGAGCUCUGGAGUCAGCGCCCAGUACCCUCCAUCCCAGGCGCCCCCAGUGCCCGAGCUGAGUGCUGCUGAUAAGGAGGGGACUACCGGCGAGGAGCCAGCGACCGAGCCUGACACCGAGUCUAUUGCCGAAAAUACCGACGCCGAGGAGGUGGCCAAGGUGCGCGGCUCGGCCAAGUUGGCCAAGAUCAUCGAGGACUACGAGGCGCAGUCCUCCGAGGAGCUCAACCUGAUGUCGGGCGACGUCAUCACCAUUGUCCACAGGGGCACUGAUGAGGAGCCGCGCUGGAAGGGCGAGUACCAUGGCAAAAAGGGAUAUUUCCCCGGCACCGUUGUCGAGGCCAUUGAAGAGUCGGCCGACCUGGACGAGGAGGACGAUGCGGUGAACCGGCCCAGAGGCGGGUUUAAGCUGGCCGCGUACGGCGUGCAGCAGGGCGGCCUUGGCUCCAUCUUUGCUGGCGGCGGUGGUAUGCCUGCUUUGCGCAAGUCUGCACCCACCCGGAAGAGUGCCGAGCAAGAGGACCAAGACAACAGUAUGGUUGCAGCGGCGCCGAUGGCUAUGGCGCCAGCUAUGGCACCCGUGAUUCCCAAGCUGCGCAGUGUGAAGCGCCCACAAGCCGAGGAGCAGGAGCCAGAGCAGCAGCCAAACUUUUUGGCGCAAUUGAGCCGGGUGCCCCGCAAGCAGGUCUCUUCAGAGGAUUCGGCAAUUUCGGCCGGUUCGGAGCCACUGGCUGUGGCCCCUGUGGUUCCUACAAUUCCUGCCAUUCCCGUAUCACGCAAGUCUACUGCUGCCAGCAGCAUCCACGAGCUCGAGCCUGAGCCCCAGGCUGUGCACAAGGAUAAGACCAGCAAUAUCGAGGAAGAGGAGGAGGAAGAGAGGUUUAUUAAUGAGACCAGCAAGGCUGAAUCUAUUAAGGAGGUGGACUUCUAUGACCGUGACUUGAAUGGAACAAUCGAGGCAGCAGAACCCGAGGCGGCUGCCGACACUACAGAGCCGCAGCAUUCCGACGACAAUAAUGAGAGCAAGGACGUUGCGGAUGAGGUUGAUACCUCGACAUCCUCCCACCCCUCUGAGACUGCAGAGGAGCCAUCUGAGGACGCACAACUGUCCGACGAUGCGCCCUCGAGCAGGGCCUCAAGCCUCGACCCCAUGAAGUCGCCAGCCCUGUCCCAGGUGAAGCGCCUGGUUCGCCGCGGCCCGCGCCAAAAGCCUACUGCCGAAGGGCUGAAGAAGAGCUCUGAGGAAUCUCAGUCCCAAUCACUCGUGAGCGCGCUGCAAAAUGACGCGGUGCUGCCGGAGCCAGAGCCCGAGGUGGAGAAGGCUGCGCCGCCAGCACUUCCGGAGAAACCAAAGGGUCUGGCGCGGUCCGCAUUUGGCGGUGGCAUGCAGCUGCCCACUGGAGGAUUCAAGGCCACCGGGAGGGUUGGCUCGGCCAUGGCGUCGCGGCUGGCUGCGCUGCAGGCCCGAGCCAGCGGAAACUCUGCCGAGGACGAGGACGAGGAUACUAGUGGAAGUCGGAGAACAUUAUCCGGAUUGCGGCAGCCUCCCACAGACUCACAUGUGUCAGCAGCUGUUGGUGCUGCUCCAGUGCCAGUCGCCAAGAAACCCUCGUUCACUGUGCGUUCUGCAGCCACCAAAGACGCAGCCCCAAGCGCACAGCCGCCCGUGAUUUCCGCUGAGUGGAAAAAGCAGGUGGAGGACGAGCACUCGCGUCUGCGUAGCGACAUUGACAAAGCAUCGCGCGGAACCGAGCAGCAAAUUGCACGGCUUGAGGCCAAGCUUGCUUCGAGUGAGCAGGAGAACCAAGCGCAUAAGCAGAAUAUUUCAGGACUGGAGCGCCAAGUAGAAGGGCUUUUGGGGCAGCUAACGGGCGUAAAGUCAGAACUGUCUGAGAUUCAAAAGUCUGUUGCCGAGGUGGGUGCACAUAGGGGAGUUACAAAGGACGAAGUUGCAGUGAUUUUGCGCGCAGAGCUGGCAAGUGCCCUGGCGCCCAUUAAGAAGCAGAAUGGGGAGUUGGUCGAGGAGAAUAAGAAGUUGCAUGCAAAGAUUGCGGAACUCAGGGCGUAUGUGGAUGAGCUGGUCGUUGAAGAAGAGGACAGUAGUUGAAUGAAUGAGAUAUACAUGCAUUUUUUAUAUACAAAAUUUUAUAAAUUUACAGAACUUGAUA